AAGUGCAAUGUUUUCUUCACAGCUUCCCUCUCAUAGUCGACCCUCAUUGGACCGGAUUUGUCAAACGAAACCCUAUCUCUCUCUCUCCUUUUCUCUCAGGAGCUCAAUUUUAUGCCCUAACCCCAUCUUCGCCAAACCCUAACCCCAAAUCACUCCAUGAAAAUCAAUCCUCGAUAUCAAAUUAGGGUUUCCUCCAUGAGAACCAUGACAUUCUGAUGAUCACUUCAACCUCAAUUUCAUAGCAGCUGCUCGUUUUUAAAGCUUUUCAACAAUGGAAGGAAGCGCUGUUGAAGAUCCUGCUGCUCCUGAGUCCUGGGAGGUAGCAGAUGUUGAGGAAAGCAUGAAGAGAUUGAUGUUUUCUUCCUCUGCUAAAGACUCUGCUAGCUCAUCUUCUCGUACCAAUAGUAUUGCACCUGAUGAUUUAACCUCAACUUCGCUGAAUUUGGCUUUCUCAAUUGGUGGAAUCGCUGACAACGCUGACGUUUCGGGUCUUUCUGAUGAUGCUAUCAAUCAAGUUGAUCAAUUUCUUCGGGAGGCUUUACAAAACCCUCGCGAGCGCUUGUCAAUUCUACGAAUGGAACAAGAUGUUGAAAAGUUCAUUCAGGAUCCUACACGUCAACAGAUGGAAUUUCAGCUGCUUCCAACUUCUUACUUAAGGCUGGCUGCUCAUCGUGUGGCUCAGCAUUACUUCCUGCAGUCUAUGGUCUUGCUAGAUAAUAGUCUCCUUGAUGGAUCUGGCUCCAGAAUAAUUGUCCAAAAGGCUUCAACUGAGUGUCGGCUGCCUCGUAUACGCCUCGCAGAUAUUCCUGUACAUUUGCCCCAAGAAGAUAAUGGCGUCAUUAAGGUUGCCAUCAAGCAGAGGCCUCAGAAGCAUUCAUCUUCAUCCGGUGGUGGUAAUUCAGGCUCUAACAAUGGAAAUAAUUCCAAAAGUGUUGAGGAAAGGAAAGAGGAGUACAAUAGGGCUCGUGCACGAAUUUUUAGCCAUGGUGGUUCCCCUGGUGUGAAGCCUGAAAUUGAGGCAAAAAAAGCAGGUAGCUUGCAAAUUGCUUCUUUGGGACUGCCAAAGGUCGAUGAGAAAUCUGCUAUCGGAGGUGCUGACUCAAGUAGCGGAAGGGCUGUUGCUGUUGUUGAUUCAUCAAGUGGUAGCAGUAGGUCAGCUAGAAGUAGGACAGAAAAGAACCCUGUUAGUAGGUACAAACCUAAUAAUAGGGUUGCUAUUUUUAGAGAUCGUGAAAUUGACCGUAAAGAUCCUGACUAUGACCGGAAUUAUGAUAGGUAUCUGCAAAGGUUUGAUCCUGGAUUUGGGUUUAAUGCUGGGCCUUACACUGUCCAGCCAAUGUACUCCCCGGCUGUUAAUUAUAAUACAGAAUUUCCUCAACUUGGGUCAACACCUAGGCCUCAGGUUUCUGCUGAUCCACCAUGUCCCCUUCCUCAGCAUCUAGCUGUUCCAUGGGUAUCUCCAUCUAACCCUGCUGGUCUUGGUUAUGGUCAUCCGGAGACUAUGAUGGCGGCUUAUAGUCCAAAUCAUGUUAAUCCACGUUCUGCCUCUGCUAUAUAUCUACAUUCCACUCAAUACCCCUGUCAACGUCCUGGAGUGCAAUUCAUUCACCCCCAUGAACUUAUUCACCCAUCAUAUCAGGUGCCACAGCAGCAGCAACAUGAUGCAAACCUUGGGAUGGCCCGGCCCCGUUGAGGGGCUUGGGCUAUUGCCUGCACCCUGCCUGCUUGGAUUUGAUAAACCCUAAGAGGUACAGUGGCACUGGCACAUUCAAUGUGGCAGGGUGUACAGGCAAUAAGAACUGAGGGGGGCUGGACUGACUACAACUGGUUGGAGAGAUGCUUUUGAACAGUUAGCUUUUCCUCAGUUUUCAAUUGGGCUCCUUGCAUUAUUUUGCUCGGUAGCUUGUGAUUGGGACAUAAUUCAAUCUGAAACUGCAAUCAGUGAUAAUGCUGAAGAGAAUCGAAUGUACGUAAACCUGGAGAGGCUUGCGCUUCUUAUUGAACAAGGGAAGCUAUCCAGUGACACAUCAAUUCCUCACUUACACGCUCAUCAUUUUCAAGUAAUCAGUUUACUAGCAAGCUGAUACCGAAUUCCUGUCUCUUUGUAGUAAACCCAAGAGAGAAGGCAAAGCAAUAUUGGGUAGAAGCCUGCAGAGAAUGCUCGUUAUGCUCUUUGAAUGAAGCUGAUACCGGAGUCAUGGUCUCGUGGAGCUUUUUGGUUAAAGUUACGCUUACAAGUCUUACUUGCUUGUCUAAAGGAUGGUUGUGUAUACAACGCGGUCUGUUUUCUUUUUUAAUCCCACUUAUUGGUGUUUCUAAAUAUUUGGGUAUUGUAUAAUGCCUUUAUAAGAUUAAUGUAGAUAUUGGAUGAAUACGAAUCCUAAAUUUCGCUAUUUUCUGCUCAAUACUAUAUUCUACUUAUUCGACCA